GCUGCGCGCUCUGCUCGCUCUCAUUCCUUGCUCUCACUCCUCUGAACUGGUUCGCACAGGUUUGGUUGGAUCGACUCUAAAUCACAGUGGGCGACACGUGGUUAAAAAUGAAACUCUCAACUUUGAAGAACCCCAUCUUGCAGAGAUGGGUUCAUCAAAAAUCUAAGACGUGACCCAAAUGGACAAUCAAGGCUUAAGGUCUUUGAGGUUGAUAACAUCAGCUCAGCAUCAUCAUGAGGUGUUUCAUGGUGACUGAUUCGCAAGUUCUUGUCUUGAUGUGAGGCCAGCGUCUCCUGCAAAAUCCCAAGAUGUUGGAGCUUGGUGGAAGAAAUCUUCGCAAUCUUGUCGGUGGGUGUUCUCAUCACAUCAGGACAGUUCUGUUGACCGACAGAUGUGAUGAGUUUGAAUCAGGUCUCUGAUCCAGUUGAGGAUAGAUGUCAAUUAUUCUGAUCUGUAAAAGACUUGAUUGGGAAGUGCCCCACCCUCCCUCUCCUGCACUUGUCUCAUGACAAAUUUGUCUUUGCAGACUGACAGGCAUCAAUGGUCACAUGCUCCAAAGGUUGAAAAUCUGACAAGCGUCUGAUCCAUGACGUCUACACCAGAAACAGAUCUGUUACUGAGAGAUGGAUAGACAGGAGGUUGACAUGUCACGCUCCUAUCAUUACUAAAGACAAUUUCCUCUCCCCAGGAAGGUGUGCCGUCUCAUCUGAAUACCAUGGAGCGCAGACCUCCUUGGAGAAGCAGUUCUCAGUGGACGACGACCCAUGGUACCAGGUGGCCUCUCUCGUGGUGUGAUGUGACAUUGUUAAAGUUAAAUCAAUAAAACUUAUUUGACAGAGUUUUACCUGUAGUGUGGUUUUCUAUAAUGAACUAUGUAAUGGCAGCCUAUAAUAACGACUCGGUUUGUUUGAUUCUCCCCUACAAAUUGCAGUUUGACUCAAUUGGAAAAUCGAUUACUGCCAUCUACUGGCAGUUAAUAGUCUUACAAGCGAUCGCUUUGUUUUUAUUCAAUUUUUUAUUUUUAAUUCUUGCGUUAGUCACAAUUGAGACAUAUGUUGACUUUAACCAAGCACGAUGCUUAACCUGUCAGAACUUGGGUGGGAUGCGAUUUACCGAAGUGUUAGGACUCCCCAGACAACCAUUUGAAAGAUUUUCUCAUCUUUGAUAAUACGGAUAAUAUAAAAAGUUAGCAUUAGCUAAAUGUAUUUAGUAGUGCUAAAGCAAUGACGCACUUGGGUUGUUAUGUCAGUGGUGUCAUUAUAACGCGUAUAAAACGAACACCAUUAUUUUUCUUCGAAUGAACUAGAGGCGGGUAGGGGGCAGCCAUUUUUGUAGUAGUUUUUGCGAUGGGCGAAGCCAAGCAACCGCCCGCCGGCGCCGCAUGUGUUGACGAAACGAGCGCUCCUGUGCUACUCCGGUGGUUAGAGAAGGAAACCCCCAUCACAGUCACACCGCGCUGCUCAGGCCUGGCCUCCUGCAAUCACUGUCGGGUCCAUAUAAAUGGGACACAGGGUCUGGGACUCGGAGUCCAGCGUCUUGGGGAUGCACAGAAGGAGAUACAUCUUCCUCCAUGUUCCUGCGGUGGUUUCUGCCUCUGCUAGGGGCUCUGUCUACACGGGCCGACUUCUUCCAGUUCGACAGCAUAUCAAACGUCUCCACUUAUUAUUUUAAUUACAUUUAUUGUAACAUAUGGGAGGGGCAGUGUCAGCCACACCAGGACGAUGCCACGCAGCAAGUUCCGACCAGAGACCUGUGGGCAGGUUUUUCCCAGGACUCCAUCAGUCUGAUGAAUCAGUGGUACUGUAGCCUGGGCCAGUGCUGUGAGUCUGGAGACUGCAGGAUAAUCAACAACAUCACAGGUCUGGCCAGUGAUCUCCAGACAAAGCUCCAUGGACAGCACCUGGCUCAGUCUGUGGUCUUGAAAGCCAUUCAGGGUUUCAUCAACAACCCAGAGUCCAACAAGCCGCUGACCCUCUCCUUCCACGGCUGGUCUGGUACUGGCAAGAAUUUUGUGGCCCGCAUCAUUGCUGAUAACCUGUAUCGUGACGGUGUGAAGAGUGAGUGUGUCCGUCUGUUCAUCACUCCAUUCCACUUCCCACAUGCCAGGCUGGUGGACACGUACAAGGGCCAGCUGAAAGAAGCCAUCCGUGACAUGGUGCUGCGCUGCCCUCAGACUCUGUUUAUCUUUGAUGAGGCUGAGAAGCUUCACCCCGGCCUCAUCGAUGCUAUCAAACCCUUUUUGGAUUACUAUGACAACGUUGAUGGUGUGAGUUACCGGAGAGCCAUCUUCCUCUUCCUCAGUACCAUUGGUGGAGUAGCAAUCAAUGAAGUAGCACUUGACUUUUGGCACUCUGGUCAAAACAGAGAGGACAUCGGCAUGGAAGACCUGGAACAUCGACUACGGGCUGAAACGAUGGAAUCUCAAGGUGGAUUUGCACAGAGCGAGCUGAUGUCUGGUCACUUAAUCGACUUCUACGUGCCCUUCUUACCUCUGGAGUACCGACACGUGAAGCUUUGUGCACGGGACGCUUACAUCGCCCGGGGUCUGGAGACAGACGAAGCUACACUGGAUGAAGUUGCCAAAGCGAUGUUAUAUGUUCCUAAAGAGGAGAGGCUGUUUUCAUCCCAGGGGUGUAAAUCCAUACCCCAGAGGAUCAACUUCUUCCUGCCCUAGUAGAAGACAAAGACAAAGACACCUGGAAGUGGGGGAGCAGGAGGAGGUAUGAGAUGUUUCUACCAGACUUUUCACAUAGAGGCACAAAGAAGUGUGCUCUGUUCUGCACUGUGUAUCCCAACAUGUCUGUUAGGGUCACUUCACAAAGAUGAGACAUCAGGGCCAGUGGUAAGAGGACAAAGGCCCAGAGUGGCUCAUGUCCAGUUUUAUCACCUGCAGUGUGAUGAAGAAGACACGGAUAUAGAAGUGGUCGUGAAGUGUAUAUUAUUCUAUAUUGUGAACAUUAUUUACAUUUGUGCUUUUAUCUUGAACACUGACAUAUUGUAUUAUUAUUAUUAUGGUGAUGGUGAUGAUUAUUAUCAUCAUUAUCAAGGUCCUGUGUGUUUUAGCUUUCCCUGUUGUUAUCAACAUAUAUGUGCCAUAUUUGAAUAUAAUUCUGUACCUAAUAAUUUUUUGGAAUUGUUUAGAUGCUGAGGUGUUAAUUACGUAAGCCAUAAUCCUGAUGAUAAUAAUAUUGAACCUUGAUUGUGGCAUGAACCGUGUACCACAAAUAGGAACAGUUUGACAUGAAGUUGUUACUUUAGUCCGAGAAAGAAAAAUACUUAUUAAUAUUUAUUUAUUUAUUUAACAUAUUUGUUUAAGAAGGGUGCAUUUUGUCCUGUUUACACCAUUGCUUAAUUGUUUGAUUUUAACUUUUAACUUUUUUGUUGCUUUAUAAUAAUUUCCAGACUUUGUUAGGGGUACAAGGAUGAAGGAGAAUAGAAGUAACAGUAUAAUAAAAGGGGAAAAUCACAUUCAAACGGCA